AUGGAGCUGGAUGUCAUCGGAGAGACCAUCAGUGCAACGUGCCCUGGUCAGCAGAGUGUGGAAGUGAAGGGGAGAAAGGAGAGCAGACAAGAAACCAUGGAGCUGGAUGUCAUCGGAGAGACCAUCAGUGCAACGUGCCCUGGUCAGCAGGGUGUGGAAGUGAAGGGGAGAAAGGAGAGCAGACAAGUGAUACAGCUGCUGAAUGAAAGGAAGGCAUCAGACUCGAGCGCCAUGGCGGACAUUUCUAACUUGAAGGGCAGUGAUCCAAUUAUCUUUGUCGACGGGUGGAUACGCUUCGAUCAAGCAUUGUAUUAUUUCUCAUCAACUCGCGGAACUUGGAAUGAAUCUCAAACUUUCUGUGCCUCUAAUAACUCCAACCUUGUGGUCAUUACCAGUUUAGGGGAGCUGGAAUUCCUCUUUCGGUCUCAACUCUUCGACAGCUGGAUUGGACUCCAUGACCGUGCAAAAGAAGGAACCUGGCGUUGGGUCGAUGGCACAGAUUAUGAAUCUAAUGCCAAGUUCUGGGGGUUAGGGCAACCCCAAAGAUCUACGGGGAUAGACGAAGACUGCGUUGUGCUAUCAGGACAUGGAACAUGGCACGAUUGGCCAUGCCGUUCCAUACAUCACCUCAUCUGCGAAAGACCAUUAACAAUGAUGUCUCAAACCAUGGCACCUGGCGAUUAAAUUCGGCCAUGAAACUCUUUGUAGAUGCACCCCAUACAUAGAGCGGGCGAGCAGCAGCCUAGUACUGGGAUUGAUAAGAAAAGCACGAUCAGACGUCUUCUGAUCACAUCUACCCCCUAACCACUAUAUCUGGCCCAAUGCUCAGUGCUCACAUUAAGCUUUGCUCUUUUAUCCUCACCCUGCGACUCUAAAGGCUCAAUACCCUCAAUAACCUUUGCUGUGAGACCAAGAUCCAAUAUUGCAGAAUGAGGCAACUUAAUCCCUGGUGCUUCCGCUCCCUCACGACG